CCUCUAAUCUCUCCAACAGGAACUACAAAUCAACUGACUCAUGUCACAAAUGCUCCCCUCUCCAUUCACUCCACUUCACACAUAUCUUUAUCCCAAGAGUGAAAACAAUAGAAACCUGUGGCAGAUGCAGCAGAUAUUAGAGACUGAUUGAGCGAUAUAUUAAAAGCAGACCGCAAACCAUCUUUACAGCGGUCUAUAAAUACAACUUGGUUGAAGCAUUCAUAACGGAAGUACAGCGCCCUCCUCUGGGAGGAUCAUUGUAAUCGUCGAUGACUCUGUCAAAGGGACCACAACGACUCCUCUCCACAAAAGUAAAUUAACCCAAAUCGGACCAUGCCGGAUGCGAGCAUGGAGGAUUGUGACGGGUUUCAGACCCAGUUCACACACAUCAUGGAAACGUUACUACAGACCGCCGUCCGGGAAACGACCAAACUUUACCAGAGCACUCUACAGAGCCUGAAAGCGGAAUUGGUGCAUCUGAGAGUCGAGAAUGUCAACAAGAAGACAGCUCAUUCAUCCUGUCAGGACACCAGAAGAUUCCCUCAAACUGGGAUUCAGAGGACUGGCAGUGUCUCAAAAUACCGUGAUGUUGGGGUGCAGUGUGAAAAUGCCCUUUUGGCUGAGCGGGCAUGCAGUCCUCGUCAGUUUAUUGGACAGCGUCUUCAUGUUGGAGACAUCACGAGCGAUAAACUCACAGAUCUGUGUGCGAGUGAGGAUGGAAACAGGCAGCUGGCUUUGCUUCUCAUCAAACAAGAGCCUCAGGAGUCUGAAUGUGAUGAAUAUGCACCAGGAUACUUUCUACUGAAGCAAGAGGGUGCUGAACCGAUACUGGUGCGCAAAGAGCCAAAUAAGGACACCAUGGAAAGGGUUGUGAUCCCACCAGCAGUUCAAACUAUAACAAGACACCAAAGCAACCCCAGAGGAAAGUCACCGCCACCAGUAACUCCGUUGUCCUCUAAUCUCAGCGUGACUUCCUGUGGUCAUAAACCCAACCAGUCUACACAACCCAUCCAAGGUACAUCUCUAAGUACAAAGGAAAACCGUGAAGGCUUGUCUUCCCAAAACAAAAAGCAAGAUGCCAGCGUACCAGCACAGACAUCCACUACUUCAGUACCAAACAGUUCAAUCCCUGCUCGUACUGCCUGUGCAAAAUUAUCUGUACCAAUGAUUCAGUUGUCAGGUGCUCCAUCAAUACCUCAAGCUAAGCAAUCAACUUCAUUAGUUCACCGUCGACCAAGCCCAAAUCCUCACGCAUCAAACCAAACAGUAGUCCCGCAGAAAGAGGAAUCAGAUAUGUGUCAUCCACUUCAAAAUACCAUCCUUUCUGCAGUUCCUUCUAGUCAGGUCGUAGUAGCAGAGCCUACUUCCAACAAACAAAGGGCAUUGUUUACACACACAGAGAAAUCUGCAUCAAGCAUUACAUCCAUAAACCAGGCCACUCAAACAUUUGCACAAUGUUCAGCUAAACUUACACAACCACCAUUCAUUCAACCACAAGCCAUUAAAAAUCAAGCCCAAGAGAUGACUCCAGUAGUACACACUGCCAUGCCAUCAGGCUUGGUUCCUGCAACAUCAAGUAAACCCACACAAGUCCAUGAUCGGAGAGGAACCAAUCUUGUUCCCCCUCGACCGCAUGCAUUUGCAUCUCCUCAGGUAAUCCCAGCACAUUCUGGGGCACAUUCAAAUCCUUCAUUUAGUUUCCCUGCAGUGCAGCCAGUUGUUCCAACUCCGGCAAAGCCAACUUCGUAUCUACCAAUGCUGGUUUCAUUUUCAUCUUCUCACCUUCCAGUAAACACAAUUCCAGCAUCUCCUUCCUUAAACCCACCUCAACCUUCACUUACCCAAUCUCAGUAUCCUCCACAAUCUGAUCAGUUCUCCUCCUCCUCAAGCCAAUUUUGUCCUCUGCCUGAUAAUUCGCCAGAUUUGCUUGAAUCUCUUGAUUGUUUGCACUUGCAGCCACCAAUCAUGAUAACGCCACAAGAUGCUCCUGAUCAGGCGCCUCCACAUCAUUUUCAAUCAUCAUCUGGGCAACUUGCGCCUUUGCUAACACCGAAAGAACAACAAGCUGCUGCUGCUUCAGCUAAUGUUGUUUUAGGCAGAGUACCUGCUCGGUCCUUACAGACCUCAGUGCCUUUGGUUGAGAACCUACCAUUUUCCCCACACUGCAGAGCAGAAACAACAGAUAGAAACAAUGAAGACCUUUCAGACGACGACACUCCCACACUCCAGUCUAGACUCAGAAAACAGAGAAAGCUUUGUUUCAACUCCAGACAAGUAGAUCCCUCGGUUAAGGAAGGUAUGAUUAAGGAUCAGUUGCAGAAUGACUUGACUAGGGAAUCACAACUUUCUGGCUCAAACAAUGGAUGUCAAACCUUACCCAAACUUUUGGGCAAAACCCUGCAGAGAAAUACAGAGUGUCCCGAUUGUGGACGCAUCCUUAGCAAUGCAUCUGCCUUGGAGAAUCACAUGAGGCUUCAUACAGGAGAGAGACCUUAUACCUGUUCCCAAUGUGGAAAGGCCUUCCCUAGUGUCCGAGGUCUCAACCGGCACAUGAAGGUCCAUGCCGAAGAGAAGCGUUAUCAGUGUGAAGAGUGCGGGAAAAGUUUUGUGUACCACUUUACCCUUACCAAACACCAGCUUAUUCACUCUGGGGAAAGGCCGUUUCCUUGUAAAGUGUGUGGAAAGAGGUUUUUGGCCAAGGCGGACCGUUCCACACAUAUGCGUAUGCACACUGGAGAGAAGCCCUUCUCUUGCACUCUUUGUGGGAAGAGGUUUAAACAUAGAGUAGCUUUGAAUAUGCAUAUGCAAGGGCACAGAGGAGAGAAACGUUACACUUGCCCGCACUGUGAGAAGGGAUUUGUGGAUCUAGGUAACUUUAAAAGGCAUAAGCUCAUCCACACAGGGGAAAGGCCGUUUGAGUGCAAGGAAUGUGGGAAACGUUUCACUCAGUCGGCUCAUCUAAAGAAGCAUCUUCACACACAACAUGGUACAUGAAAAAUAGGAAAGGAUUUGUACUAUUUAACAAGGCAAUCAUGCCUAGUUUUUAUUGAGCAGUGUGGUUAGGUACAGUACAGUGCGGUAUGCAUUUAUUUCCGUUUCCACUGUCAGAUGUACCAAAAUAAUGUAUCAUACCAUACAACUGUUUUAGACACUUUAGCAAAAUAGUACAGUACUAAAGCCGCCUUUCCACUGCACACGACAUUUGGACACGACUGUCAGAAUAUGCCCCCUUGUGGCAGCCGCACAGUAUUUUCAGUGUUGUCGUGCACCACAGGGGCGAAGCCUGAUUCUCACGGUGUCCGAAAUAAAGAACUGCUAAAGCAAUAGCCUUUAUUCUCUGUGCGUUUUCAUAGUUUAAUGGAUGACUGAAUACUAGAAACUCAUAGACCUCUAAAAUAUUGGAGGGAAUGUGGAAACAACAUUUAAAAUAUAUUUUUUUAUUACUUUCUUACUUACAUUUAUGAACAGAAAUGUUUUUCUUUAAUA